GCCCGCCGCUUCCUUUUCCGGUUUGGCAGCUGAGGAAACUGUAAAAGCUAUGCUGGGGAGGCGGCGCGGAGCUUGAUUCACCUUCACCUGCGCUGGGCACCCGCUGACCCCGGGUUUCCGCCCGGAGAGCAGUCAGAUAUGAACGGACGGGUGGAUUAUUUAGUCACGGAGGAAGAGAUCAACCUGACUAGAGGACCCUCGGGGCUGGGCUUCAACAUCGUCGGUGGGACAGAUCAACAGUAUGUCUCCAAUGACAGUGGCAUCUACGUCAGCCGCAUCAAAGAGGAUGGGGCUGCGGCCCGGGAUGGGCGGCUCCAGGAGGGUGAUAAGAUCCUCUCGGUAAAUGGCCAAGACCUGAAAAACCUGCUGCACCAAGAUGCUGUAGACCUCUUUCGUAAUGCGGGAUAUGCUGUGUCCCUGAGAGUACAGCACAGGUUACCAGUGCAGAAUGGACCUAUAGUACAUCGAGGCGAAGGAGAGCCAAGUGGAGUUCCUGUAGCUAUGGUGCUGCUACCAGUGUUUGCCCUCACCAUGGUAGCAGUUUGGGCCUUCGUGAGAUACCGAAAGCAGCUUUGAAAUGCUUGCUGUCUUCCAGUGUGUCCAAUGAACUAUACCUCUUUCACUCACUGUCUCUGACAUCCUCCCAUAUUCUUUCUUCUCCACAUAGACAACACAUGAUUUAAAGUGACUGCUUAACACUGAUAAUCCUGAUAUUCAAAAUCUCCAAGACUUCAAAUUCUAAUGGAAGAGUACAGGGAUGAUUUGAAGGAAAGCUGUGGGAAGUGGGGAAAGCCUUGCUUAGAAUAAAUGAGAAGUUACAUAUUUUACUAGAACUGCCAAUAAAAAUUCAGCUAUCAUCCAAAGAGGAAAAGCUCAGUCUUCCUGUCUCCAUGGAUGACACCUUUUUCUUAGCUGGCGUGCUUUGAAGGCUAGCUGUGCUAUGUGAAAGGAAGAGCUGCUUUUUUUUUUUUUUAAUGCUUUUACUUGGGAAGUAUUUGUGGCCUUUAAUUUGUAACUAUAUACCUAAUGCCUAUAUUGGACAUAGGUGAAUGAAGUUUUUUCUUUCUUUCUCUCUCUUUUUUUUUUUUACUUAAAAAAGAAAAUACAUCUAUACAGUAACACACACACACACACACACACACAGUACCAUAAAAUUGAUGCCUUAUGGAGAAUUAAAGAGGUAAGAAAAUUACUGGUUCUUGGGCUUCUAAUGGACAAUUUUUGAGGACUAGGGGGUCAUAUUCCUUCCUAUAUAAUCAAGACUCAUAUUGAAAAAUGAGUUCUGGAUUAUAAAGAGAACUUACUUUUUCCACCUGUCUGUAAGUCUUUGUCCACAAGUUAAAAACAUACACUAAUGUACUAAGGGGUGAUCGUAACUAAAACACUUCAAGAACUAUUAGCAGAGCAUUUUUAAUGGAAAUGGUGAAGUUAGCUUUAAAAGAGACUGCUCAGUCAGUGGCAUUAGGAAAAUAAUGAUUGAAGCAAUUUGUUAAAAAUUGUAGAACAGCUAGUGUUACUCAGUAGCUACAGUGGUGUGGGAAAUUGUAGUAAGGCAGCACUAUUCAAGUCAAUUUGUUCAAAAGACUUUGGGGUGUAAAGAUGAGUCCUACCAGUCUCUGAACUACCUUAGUUGCUAUUCCACAGUAGUGUUAUGGCAUGGGGAUGGGAGGCAGGAGGGCCAAAUAAACCAUCAAGACAACUGAAAAAAGUUUGUGCCUCAAAGUAGCACUUGAACCCUCAAAGCUGCUUAACAGUUUUCAGUUUCUAGUAUGGGGCAAAAAGACUAAGGGAAGGAACUGCCUUCCUGGCAGGAUGGACCUAAAAUCAGCCUGCUUCUGAUUAAGGUAAGAUGAGAAGACCUGAAUUGAUGGGGGUUUUCUUUUUGUGUAUUUUCCCCCAAAGCUAUAAACACUAGUUUUGGUUUUAAUAAUGGACCAUUUUUCAUAAAAGGGGAAGGAAUAAGUUUUGUUUUUUUGUAGAGGGUGCAAGGAAAUUUGGUGAGCAUUUCUGAGGAAAGCCUGAGUAUACAAUGUAGAUGAAGAGAUGCCAGAGAAUAGCAGGGAUAUUGGCGAGGUGGGAGCUGUCCUGUUCAUGUAGCAUCUAAGUUGGUUUUAGAAUACUGAGAAUAGUUUGAACCAAGCCAAAUUUUUUUCACUUUAACAAAAUAAUUUCCAUCUUUCAAUAAACUGGCCAGACUAUUAUUUUGACAUAAGAUUAUGAAAGUUUUCUGACAAUCUAGUAGCUACUUAACAGAUGUUGAUUGCACUUUAGUUUUGUCAGGACACCUUUAUACAAAAGGGAAAUGCUCAUACUUCACCCAAAAGACAUUGUGGUUACAGUUAGGAAGAAAACCCUUAAAGUGGAAUUAGUUAUCUAAGUGUAAGUUGUAUAUAUUACAGACAGCAAAAGAAAAUAGCUCCUGAGAUCUGGGCACUCAAGAUUUCAUAGAGGGGGGAAUCAUUAGGUGCCGAUCAUCUAGUAAGAGCAUACAUAAAUAGGGGAAAAGUUAAGAGUCUUAUUAGGUUGAGUAAUAAACGCAACCAGUAAGAAAAAUAUUGCCAUGCAAAGCAGAGCACAAUGCAGCAACAUAGAAGAUAAGCAGAUAACCAGCAAGUAUUGUAAGGAAUUUGAAAAGGAAAGCCAUCGUGUAGUGGCAUCCGGGAGAAUGGAAAGGAAAGUCCUGAACAGUCCAGGGAGACUUUGCCUCUGGGCAAACUCUUGAUACAGGGAGACAUUUGCUUUAAACAAUCUUCACAUAACUAAGCCAUUCAGUAUUUUUUGAAACUUACUUAGUAACAGGAGUCAUUGUAAGUUCCACAGAAAGCAAGACGUAUCCCAGAUCUUGUCUUGACCAGCAGCACUCUGGAGGCCCAGUGUCUGGUCCCCUCCAUGUAUCUGGUGGCAUGGGUAACAGCUCUGCCAUGGGCCUGCUUACCUCUAGUAUUCACCUCAGGGCUUGGUAAUGUAUUGUGAAAGACCUUCAGACAUACAAAGUAAAACAAAUCGCAAGGAGGAUAAAACACUGUUAUGUGUUGUGUGUUGAUGUAAAUCAAAAAUAUCAUUGGUAGAAGUUUUACUUUGGUUGAUAAGGAUUCUGGUAACAUUUGGGCCUGCUUAGGAAAGAAACAACACUUGACCAAAACAUUUAAGUUUUAAGCAAAUACUUUAAUAUUUCACUCUUAGUUGUAUGAAAAAUAGAUGAGAUAUUGAGAAUCUAUAUAGAUUAUUCAAAAUUUAUGUUCUUUAUAGAAUGACUCAAUUAUUCCUACCACCUUAAAAGUUAUAUAUGAUGCACCUACCACAUAAAUUAUAAUGUUUAAUGUUUUGAAAAUUGAUGAUAGGUAUUUUUAAGUCCCCAUAAAGUGUCUUUUGUAUUUGUCAUUGUGAAUUAUAUAUAAUUCUAAUAGA